AAUCAAAUAUGGGUAUUAAACCCUCUCUUGCACCCUAUCUCCUGGUUCUUAUCGCUAUAUUAGCUCAAACACAGGGCAUAACAGCAACAAGUGGUAAAGUCCAGAAUCUCUUCAAUCGUACUAGCUUUCCAAAAGGUUUCGUUUUUGGAACAUCCUCCUCAGCUUAUCAGUAUGAAGGUGCGACAGCUACAGGUGGCAGGAAGCCAAGUAUCUGGGAUAAUUUCACUCACGCACACCCAGAAAAAAUAUCGGAUGGCAGCAAUGGAGAUAUAACAGAAGAUUUUUACCACCGUUACAAGGAAGAUGUAAAGAUAAUGAAGGAUAUGAAUACGGAUGCAUUCAGAUUUUCCAUUUCGUGGUCUAGAGUUCUUCCUGGUGGGAAGCUGAAAAGGGGAGUGAACAAGGAGGGCAUUCGUUUUUACAAUAAUCUCAUCAACGAGCUACUAGCAAAUGGUCUGCAACCCUUUGUGACCAUCUUUCAUUGGGAUGUUCCCCAAGCCCUGGAAGAUGAUUAUGGUGGCCUUUUAAGCUUUCGUUUUGUGGAUGAUUAUCUACACUUCGCUGAUCUUUGCUUCAAAGAAUUUGGUGAUCGGGUGAAGCACUGGAUCACUUUUAAUGAGCCCUCUAUGUUUGCUAGCCAAGGUUAUGACACCGGUGGUUGGGCACCAGGCCGCUGCUCCAAAUAUAUAGAUGAAUCAUGCCAGGCCGGAAACUCUGCCACCGAGCCUUACACUGUUGGCCACAAUCUGCUUCUUGCUCAUGCAGCAGCAGUUCAACUAUACAAGCAAAAGUACCAGGCAACUCAGAAGGGGCAGAUUGGAAUAACAUUAACGACUUUUAUGAUGCUACCUUACUCCAAUUCCGCAUCUGAUGUUGCGGCAGCCAAAAGAGCCCUUGAUUUCAAUCUUGGAUGGUUUUUGGACCCAGUGGUGUAUGGUGAUUAUCCAGCGUCCAUGCGUAAACGGGUAGGAAUAAGACUUCCACCGUUCAGCAAGAGGCAAUCAAAGAGGCUCACUGGAUCUUAUGAUUUUAUUGGAAUAAAUUACUACACAACAUAUUAUGCUAGGAGUAUUCCUGCCGCUACUGUCAAUAUUAGCUACUCAACCGAUUCCGGAGUUGAGACGACAGCCGUGCGUAACGGGGUCCCGAUUGGCGAACAGCCUGGUUCAAGCUGGAUUUACGUUUAUCCAAAGGGGAUCCGAGAUCUUCUGCUUUACACCAAGAGAAAUUACAAGAAUCCUGUUAUUUACAUAACUGAAAAUGGGGUUUGUGAUACUAAUAAUACUGCUACCUUACCUCAAGCCCUAGAGGAUCCAGUCAGGGUACUUUACUACUACCGCCAUCUUUUGUUCCUCCACAGAGCCAUUAAAGACGGUGUGAAUGUCAAAGGUUUCUUUGCUUGGACACUUUUAGAUGACUUUGAAUGGGCCUCUGGUUUUACUUUGAGGUUUGGCAUCAACUUCGUGGACUUUAGUAAUGGCAGAUUGAAAAGAUAUCCUAAGAAAUCGGCUACUUGGUUCAAGAAUUUCCUACAAAAGUAGAGCUAAUACUUCGGUAAAUGGUGUUAGAUUAAUUGUACGUUUUUAUUUCAAGAAAUUAGAAUGAAUGAGUCUUGGUUGAUUAAGUGACGUCCAAUAAGUAAGAGCAGGGAUGAGUCUUCUCCUGCCAAGUUAACGUUGAGUUGCAGUUGUAAUCAUUCUCCAAAUUUACUGUUAGUAGAGUUGUAAUCUAACACCUAUUAUGGUGGGGAAUUGACAUUAAUAAAA